UGUUUGCGCAUAUGGCCUCUGGCAAAGAUACAUGGACGCUGGAUGAGUUGACGACUGCAUGUGGGAACAUAUCCAAGGAGCUUCUCUGUAUGCUCCCCGUUCAGUGAAUUCAUCCUUCAUCUCUCUCUCGCUCCCCAAAUUUCUCGCAUUCACUCACAUCUAUUCUGCUAGCAAUGCUGCUAAAACAUCUUGCCGCCUACCACCUCAUCCACGAGAGAUUUGCCAACACCUACGCCCUCACGCCCUACUCGCGCCUCCUCGGCGGCCCGGACCUCGGUGGCGCUAUCACCACGCUGUUCGAGGCCUGGAUCCCGACCUUUGUGCACGCGCCCAUACUCUUCGAAAAACUGGGUUAUGUGCGCCCAACGACUUCGAACCAGACGAUGCUGGCCGAUGCAACCGGCACGACAGGCCAUAUCUUCGACUAUGCGAAGACGAAUGGUGCGUUGGCGGACGGAUUUGAUCGUGCUAUGAGGGCAUUUGCGGGGUUGAUGGGCGACUGGGUGGACGUGGUGCCUAUUGAGGAGAUGCUUUCGUCAUCUUUGUCAUGCAUGGAUGGGAGGGUUCUGGUUGUUGAUGUUGGAGGUGGAUACGUGCGUAUCCCUCUCGGUCAUGACCUGCACAAACUCGUCCACAAACUCCCACUCACGAGGGAUCGAGUUGUGCUGCAGGAGCAGGACUAUGUGAUCGAGAAAGCACUUCCGCAUCUGGAUGGCGUUAAAGGCAUGGUACACGAUUUCUUCUCGACGAAUCCCGUGCAAGGAGCGCGUGUGUACUUCUUGCAUCAUGUUUUGCAUGAUUGGCCAGAUUAUGACUGUCGACGCAUACUGCGUGGUAUCACAAGUGUAAUGGCAGCAGAUAGCAGGAUCUUGGUUGUUGAUUUAGUUUUACCACCGCAAGGCGCGACGAAGCAUGAGACUACGUAUGAUCUCAUUAUGAUGAGUGCCCUAGGCGGUAAGGAGAGGAAUGAGGGAGAAUGGGAUGUACUCAUGGCAAGUGUGGGCUUGAAGGUCGUCAAAAUCUGGAGGAGCGAUGAGGCGAUGGAUGCGAUUCUGGAGAUUGUCUUGGUGUGAUAGGAGUCAAGUGAUAGGCAUAUAGAGCCAAAGAAACAGCUCAGUGUCUCACAAUAGAUAUCGCU